UCAGUGUCAUUUCCGUAUAAAUUGCGUCGAGGUUGAGUCUGAAUUAUUUUUCGUCUGACGUGCAGUGCGUAAAAAAACAAGAAAAAGUGUGUUUGAGUCCGGCAAAGGAAAUAUUUACAAUCAAUACUUGUUAGUAAACGCAUAAUCAACAACAAAUAUGGUUGGAUCACGCGUUUAUGUGGGCGGCCUGCCCUACGGCGUGCGUGAGCGCGAUUUGGAGCGCUUUUUCAAAGGCUAUGGCCGAACUCGUGACAUACUCAUCAAGAAUGGCUAUGGCUUCGUGGAAUUCGAGGACUAUCGUGACGCAGACGAUGCCGUCUACGAGUUAAACGGGAAGGAGCUACUGGGCGAACGUGUGGUUGUUGAACCAGCCAGAGGCACAGCUCGUGGCAGCAACCGGGAUCGUUACGAUGACCGCUACGGCGGUCGCCGCGGCGGGGGCGGCAGAUAUAAUGAUAAAAACAAAAAUUCCAGAUCAUCCUCCCGUUAUGGACCGCCAUUGCGCACCGAGUACCGUUUGAUUGUCGAGAAUUUGUCCAGUCGCGUCAGCUGGCAGGAUCUGAAGGACUACAUGCGCCAGGCUGGCGAGGUCACCUAUGCUGAUGCCCACAAGCAGCGUCGCAACGAGGGCGUGGUGGAGUUUGCCUCGUUGUCGGACAUGAAGACUGCCAUUGAGAAGCUUGAUGAUACUGAGCUGAAUGGGCGUCGUGUGCAUUUGGUCGAGGAUCGUCGUGGCGGACGCAGCGGUGGUGGUGGCGGUGGCGGCGGGGGUGGUGGUGGCGGCGGAGGCGGUGGACGCGGUCGUUCCCGUUCUUCCAGCUCACGUUCACGCUCUCGCUCGCGCAGACGUUCUCGCUCACGUCGCUCGUCGCAUUCGCGCUCUAAGUCGCGCAGCCGCUCCAAGUCACGCGGCGGACGCUCAAAGUCCAAGUCACCAGUUAAAUCGCGUUCUCGCACACGUUCGCGUUCAAACAAAUCUCGUGAUGUGUCCAAGUCAAAGUCAAAGUCCCGCUCACGCACUCGCUCCCGUUCGCCCAAGCGCGACUCGCACUCACGCUCACGCUCCAAUUCCAAGCGUGAGUCACGUUCUCGAUCACGUUCAAAGUCUAAUCGUCGCGAUUCGCGUUCACGCGAUCGCUCCGCAUCGGCUGAUAAUAAGUCACGUUCUCGCUCCCGUUCGCGUUCAGCAUCCCCGAAGAAUGGAAACGCUUCACCAGAUCGCAACAACGAAAGCAUGGACGAUUAGAUUAGUUAGCUGUCCCAUUAAUUAUAAAAAUAUUGAUUUUAGAUUUCGACUAAUUACUAUAGAGAACCCCCAAUACAGACACCUUAUCCACCAAAAUCACUUGAAACAAAACAAAACAAAAACAUGCAAAUCUUAAAUCCACUACCAAACAUCGUAAACAUUUUUUAAUAUUUAAAAAUUAUGUUUAAGAGCUCGUUCGACACACACGUUUCGCCAAUGUAUUCUAAUUGUUGAAUAUACCCGAUUGUACGCAUGUUUAACACAAAUUAUACAAAGGGCAUCUGUCGGUCGAA